GGAGAGAAGACAUUAAAUCCGGAUUUUGAAUUCAAUAAACUUCUCUACGAAUGCGACUCUUGAAACGUUACCAUUGACAUUCCGACUUUCUCGGGGAGAGAGCUCUUCUACUCUUCUUCUUUCAGCGCAAGUUUGCUCUUUCUCACGAAACCUCUGGUGGUGAUAAUGUCUACGGCGAGUUUGUAUCGGAGGUUCCUUCCCUCUCCUCCGGCGAUAGAUUUCGCUUCUGUUGAAGGCAAGAAAAUCUUCAAUGAGGCGCUUCAGAAAGGAACCAUGGAAGGGUUCUUCAGGCUGAUCUCUUAUUUCCAGACGCAGUCCGAGCCUGCUUACUGUGGAUUAGCUAGUCUUUCCAUGGUUUUGAAUUCUCUCUCUAUUGACCCCGGGAGGAAAUGGAAAGGGCCUUGGAGGUGGUUUGAUGAAUCUAUGCUGGAGUGUUGCGAGCCACUUCAGAUAGUGAAGGAUAAGGGCAUUACGUUUGGGAAAGUUGUCUGUUUGGCUCAUAGCUCUGGUGCUAAAGUCCAAGCUUUCCGCACUACUCAGAGCACUAUUGAUGAUUUCCGCAAAUACGUCUUGAAAUGUUCCACUUCUGAUAAUUGUCAUAUGAUCUCAACAUAUCAUAGAGGAAUAUUCAAGCAGACUGGAAAUGGCCAUUUUUCACCUAUUGGUGGCUAUAAUGCUGAAAGAGAUAUGGCUUUGAUUCUUGAUGUCGCUCGUUUCAAGUAUCCUCCUCAUUGGGUUCCUCUUAAGCUUCUUUGGGAUGCCAUGAACAGUAUUGAUCAGUCAACAGGGAGACAUAGAGGGUUCAUGCUUAUAUCUAGACCCCACAGAGAACCAGGAUUACUCUAUACUCUGAGUUGUAAAGAUGAGAGCUGGACCAGCAUAGCAAAGUAUUUGAAGGAAGAUGUUCCUCUUCUUGUAAGCUCGCAGCAUGUUGAUACUAUUGAAAGAAUCUUGGAUGUUGUUUUUAAGUCACUUCCGUCAAACUUCAACCAAUUCAUCAGAUGGAUGGCUGAGAUAAGAAGAACAGAGGAUAUAAACCAAAAUCUCAGCUCAGAAGAGGAAUCAAGGCUCGACCUAAAGCAAGAGCUGCUGAAACAAGUGCAGGAGACUGAACUGUUCAAGCAUGUGGAAAAGUUUCUAUUCUCUGUGGGUUAUGAAGACAGUCAGUCAUAUGUUCCUGCCAAGACUGGUUCACAAGAUUCCGAAAACUUAUCGGAAAUGGAAUCAGAUGAGUCUUGUUGUCCGGAAACUUGUGUGAAAUGCAUCAAAGGUGUUGGUGAGGAUAAAGUGAAGACUUACCCGUCCGGGAACGAUGUGUUCACUGCUCUUCUGUUGGCUUUACCUCCACAGGCAUGGUCAGGUAUCAAAGACCAAUCACUUCUGCAAGAGAUGAAACAGCUCAUUUCCAUGGUUAGCUUCCCAACUCUGCUUCAACAGGAGGUGUUGCAUCUACGACGCCAACUUCAGCUGCUAAAAAGAUGUCAGGAGAAUAAAGAAGACGAAGACCUCUCUGCUCCUGCCUAAAUAUUAUUACACUAAUCACUCUCAUUUUUUUCUCAACAACCAACAUAAACCUUAAGAAACCAUUGAAUGUCUAA